AGACGCUGUCUUGUCUUUUCUCUCUCCACAUUCUUCAAACAUAAAUCUCAGGCCUUUGCCGCCGGAGAUUAACUUUCCGGCGAACCCGAGAUUCUGUUUUUUCUUUAUCUUUUUACCCUUUUCUUUAUUGUCUUUUCUCUUUUCGCCACAUCUCUCAAUAAUUAAUUAAUGCCUUUCACCUUCCUUCGUGCACUGCACUCUCUCUCUCUCUCUCUCUCUCUCUCUCUCUCUCUCUCUCUCUCUCUCUCUCUCUCUCUCUCUCUAUCUAUCUAUAGAUACAUACAAAUGUGAAUUUUCGUGUACAUAACAGAAUAUUAAUUGCUGGGAUACAUACGGCGGAACAGAGAGAGAGAGAGUUGAGUAGUUGACCCCUUUUUCAUGGCUUAGGGAUACCCACUACUAUUAUUACUGGCUGCCACUUUCCUUUUCUUCUCUCUCCCACAUAUAUAUAUCAUAUAUGCAUACACUUUUAAUCUUUUAUACAUACGUUAUUUUCUCUCUCUCUCUCUCUAUAUUCAUCUCAUCUCCGCUGCAAUAUCAAAGGUGGGAGGAUUCAGCCUAGUACCCACAUGGCGGCUCAUUAGGUUAUCAGUCUUAUCUACCUGGGCAGUAGAUGUUUGCAUCACAACUUUCGCGAAUCCUCCAAGCUCUACCCGCUGAUGUGAACUAUGACACCUGCAGUGAAGAGAAAACAAGCAUGAAGGAAAAUCAGCCCGAGAUUAUAUGCAUAAGCGAUGGCAAUAAGGAGGCAGAUGUGUUUAGCUUUGGCAAAAAAGGCGUGCUUGGUUCGAAUGGCAUUGUGGCAGAUAGUGAUAACUCAGAAGACGAAUUCUCAAAGGCUCGAGAUCUUGAUUGUUCUCUCGAGAGUGUUGAAAAUGAAUCGGAAGGUUUGCAAGUGAAGGAUGAGCCCCCGAAUGGACUGUGUCGUUUCAUUGCUCGAAAAACAGGCGAAGAAGAUGCAUUAUUGGCAUCUGAUACAAAAGAUAGCAACAGAUACAGCCCAGAAUUGCCCAAAUUGAUAGUUUGUUACCAAGAGAGUAACUAUUAUCCUGUCAAAGAUAUUUGUGUCGAUAAGGCGGGGGUACCUGGUAAAGUUUCAGUCGAAAGCCAAAAGGACGAUCGUGCUGGCACAAAUAAUGUUUCUGUAGGCUGUGAUGGAGACAAAAAUAACGACAUAAGAGAUGGCUCUGAUACCGAAUUGCUUUCAGGAGAUCGAUCAACGCUCCAAGCUGAUGCCAUGGAAUUUCUAGCUCUGCAGAAGCCUCCCGAGGGGGCGGAGCAUACUGCAAUAUCAACGAGAGAGGCGCUCGAGCCUGAAACCGAGCCCUGUCAGAAAGAAGGGAAUCCCGAUAAACCAUUAGCUAUGCCUAUGCCAUGCUCCCCCGAGUUGCAAGAUAGCGAGGAUAAGGCGAAAGGAAACCAUUCGAUUACUAACCGGGAUCAAUAUGGCGACGGGGAGGCUAGUUUUUCUGGGCUCGGUUCUGUUACUUACUCGGGCUUGGUACCAUAUUCUGGGAGCAUUUCUCUUCGAUCGGAUAGCAGCACAACUAGCACCAGAUCCUUCGCCUUCCCCAUAUUACAAUCAGAGUGGAAUAGCAGUCCUGUGAAAAUGAUAAAAUCAGAUAGGAGAUUGCAGAAGCAUAGGGGUUGGAGGCAGGGUCUUCUUUGCUGUAGAUUCUAAAUUCAUUCCAUUUCAUUUAUACAUCACAUCUCUCAUCUCACCCACAAGCUUAUAUUGCAUGGGUUUUGUAAGUAUAUAAUUUAGUUUAUGCUGUAGUGUUGCUUUCAGUGUAUGAAUCUGAGGCUAGUUUGCAGACCAUGUCUUAACUUAACAGCUCUGUUAUGUUCAGAACUUCAGAUGCACUAUUAUUGCAUUAUCUAGCAAUCAUUUUUGCUCGAA